AUGGCAACAUUCGCAGCCGGGGUAGGGCCGGAAGCCGGGCCGGACCCGAUGAUGGGCGCCGACAGUGGUGGUGUUAGUGGUGGGUUAGCGAACGCCAAAAAGUGCAAUGCCAAAGCGAGUGAGGGGCCACGCGCCGUGGGAGCGACUGGCCGAAGGAAAACGAGCAGUGGGGCCGGGGCAAUCCUCGAGGGAGGCCCGUUGGGUUCGAAGCCAUCCUCGGCCCACUCGCUGAUCAACUACCUGUUCUAUCUCAUGUGCAUCGCGGCGCUCGGAGCCACCGUGUACGCGAACCUGCGCCAAUCACACGUAGAGGAUAAAUUAAGUAGUCUAGUUAGUAUCGAAGUGCGGCUCGGUCUGCUCGAGGCGCAGGUGAGCGAUGUAUAUAGGAGGAUCACGCGGCAGACCGACGGUUCGGUCGAGAACGAGUCCAUGUCGGACGUGGUGCGGAAGCUGUCGCAUCAGAUCGCUGAGUUGCCAAGGAUGCGGCGUGACUUGUCCGUGCUGAAGGUGUCCCGGAAGGAUCGACAGGCCGCUGGACAGCAGAUCGGUGGUGACUGCAUGUGUCCGCCAGGACCUCCAGGACCACCAGGACCUCCCGGCAAAAGAGGGAAACGCGGCAAGAAAGGCGAUCCGGGCGAUCCAGGCACGGAGGGUCCCACUGGACCUCCGGGCAAAAAUGGGCUGCCGGGCAUCCGGGGACCGAAGGGAGAUCGCGGACUAAUGGGCCCGAUCGGAUUGGACGGUCCGAAAGGCGAACCGGGCCGACCCGGAGACAAGGGCUCGAAGGGCGAAGUCGGCGCACCCCCGGUAGACGUGUUCCAGACGGUGAAGGGAUUAAAGCGCUCCGUAACGACGCUACGCGGUGGCUCGUUAGGCUACGCGGAAAUCGUGGCCGUGAAGGGUGAACCUGGUGAACCGGGACCGCCCGGACCUCCGGGGCCGCCGGGUGUGUCGGGAACGAUCGGGCAGGACGGACGUCCGGGGCCACCGGGUGAUCCGGGGUUGAAGGGUGACAUUGGACCACCAGGUGAGAAGGGCCCCGUUGGUAAUCCAGGAACUCCGGGACUUCCAGGCACAAAGGGUGAUCGAGGCGACAAAGGCGAUCGAGGUUUGACGACGCACUUCAAGGGAGAUCAAUUCCCGGCCGGCAUUAUCGAGGGUCCACCAGGACCUCCAGGACCACCAGGUCCAAUUGGAGAAAAGGGAGAUCCAGGCCCAGAAGGACCUCCAGGACCACAAGGCGAGAAAGGUCCUCGAGGCAAGCGAGGCAAACGGGGUCCUGGAAAGGACGACGACUACGAUGAAGCGACGCUGGCACAAUUCCGAGGUCCUGUUGGACCUCCGGGUCCCCCAGGACCACCCGGUCGGGAUGGAACUCCAGGACACAAGGGUGAAGGGGGUGAAGUGGGUGCACCAGGAUCGUUGGGACCACGUGGCCUCGACGGUAUGCCGGGUGAACCAGGCAUUGAAGGACCUCCGGGCUUGCCAGGAUAUCAAGGACCACCGGGAGAGAAGGGCGAUCCGGGCGACAUUGGUCCUCCAGGGUUGAUGGGUCCACCAGGACUGCCAGGACCUCCAGGCUACCCAGGAGUGAAGGGUGACAAGGGCGAUCGAGGUGACUCGCAGCUCCGGAAAAUGCGCCGACGACAGGACCACGAGGGAAUGGCUGACGAACCCUACCGAGACGUCGUGUACGGAGUGCCAGGACCUCCAGGACCACCGGGUGCCCUUGGCCAUACGGGACCUCCAGGACCUCGUGGCUACGACGGCAAAAAGGGCGACCGAGGUGAAAAGGGACAAAAGGGCGAAUACGGACCCAUGGGUUUACCGGGUCCAAUGGGGAUGCGUGGUGAUUCCGGUCCAGUCGGUCCAGUCGGGAAACCAGGACAUCCGGGACCACCGGGGUUGGAUGGCAUGAAGGGCGCCCAGGGCGAGACCGGCAACAAGGGCGAACGUGGCGAUCCAGGACUGCCCGGCACGGACGGUAUCCCGGGUCAGGAGGGUCCACGUGGUGAAAAGGGCGGCAAGGGUGAUCCAGGACCGAUCGGAAAGCGUGGCCGAAAGGGUGAUCGUGGUGACAAGGGCGAUCAGGGUGUGCCAGGACUCGAUGCACCGUGUCCACUCGGAAUGGACGGAUUACCCCUACCAGGAUGUGGUUGGCGGGCACCGAAAGUGUACCAGGAACCGAUCUUACCAUCGCCCCCGCACAAGGACUAUCUGCCGGACGUGACCGGAACGGAGAAUGAAAGCGAGUACGCGGAGGAAGAGGACGAUGGAGCACCCGAAGCCGAGGACUACGAGGAGGAAUACGUAGAGAACGAGAACGGCAACUGAAAUGGGCGCUGGGGAAGCAAAACAGGACAAUGCGAAAAUUGUUACAUUUCACCAACAAACCAUUAACAUUCCACCGCCAG